GGAAGGGCUGGCUGCUGAAGAAAACUUGCGGCGCAGGGUUUGGGUAUUGUCGGGUUUACUGCAGCGUCUACCUGGUUAUCUUAAUCGUUUCGAUCAAAACAAACAGUGAUUUAUCGACAACGCUUCAGGCCUGGGCCUCAAGGUGGGGCAGAGUGAGGUGGGUGGUGGGGAAGGAAGGCCUAGCCCCCCAUCCUUACAAGAGGCCAGCCCCAGCUUCUGCUCCAGUAGCUCCUAGCCCCCCAUCCUUACAAGAGGCCAGCCCCAGCUUCUGCUCCAGUAGCUCCUAGCCCCCCAUCCUUACAAGAGGCCAGCCCCAGCUUCUGCUCCAGUAGCUCCUAGCCCCCCCAUCCUUACAAGAGGCCAGCCCCAGCUUCUGCUCCAGUAGCUCCUAGCCCCCCAUCCUUACAAGAGGCCAGCCCCAGCUUCUGCUCCAGUAGCUCCUAGCCCCCCAUCCUUACAAGAGGCCAGCCCCAGCUUCUGCUCCAGUAGCUCCUAGCCCCCCAUCCUUACAAGAGGCCAGCCCCAGCUUCUGCUCCAGUAGCUCCUAGCCCCCCCAUCCUUACAAGAGGCCAGCCCCAGCUUCUGCUCCAGUAGCUCCUAGCCCCCCAUCCUUACAAGAGGCCAGCCCCAGCUUCUGCUCCAGUAGCUCCUAGCCCCCCAUCCUUACAAGAGGCCAGCCCCAGCUUCUGCUCCAGUAGCUCCUAGCCCCCCAUCCUUACAAGAGGCCAGCCCCAGCUUCUGCUCCAGUAGCUCCUAGCCCCCCAUCCUUACAAGAGGCCAGCCCCAGCUUCUGCUCCAGUAGCUCCUAGCCCCACAUCCUUACAAGAGGCCAGCCCCAGCUUCUGCUCCAGUAGCUCUUAGCCCCCCAUCCUUACAAGAGGCCAGCCCCAGCUUCUGCUCCAGUAGCUCCUAGCCCCCCAUCCUUACAAGAGGCCAGCCCCAGCUUCUGCUCCAGUAGCUCUUAGCCCCCCAUCCUUACAAGAGGCCAAACCCAGCUACUGCUCCAGUAUGCCCUAGCCUAAGCCCCUCCAGGACUGAGAAGGGACCAUGAGCACAGGCAAGCCCAGCGGAAUCAAGCCCCCCAGUAAGAUAAGCAGGCCAACUGGGUUACCAACACGCACCUCCCCUUCCUCUGCUGCUUCCAAGCCUGUGCCCCCUGAGAAGUCUCCCACCCAGGAUGGAGCAGUGGACUACCGGGUGGGGGAGAAGGUGUGGGUCAACGGCAACAAGCCAGGAUAUGUCCACUUCCUGGGGGAUACACAGUUUUCCCCGGGCCAGUGGGUCGGCAUCGUCCUGGAUGAGGCUAUCGGGAAGAACGAUGGGUCUGUGGCAGGUGUCCAGUAUUUCCAAUGUGAGGCUGGCAGAGGGAUAUUCACACGGCCCUCCAAGCUGACCAAGACAGCUAUGCCGGAGAGGGAGGCCAAUGGUGGGCAGCAUAACCCUGGCGAGACAGGGGCCAAGUCCCCUAGCUCUGCUGCUGCUGGGGCUGCUACUACCACUGGUAACAGCACCAAGACACAGCUGAGUAGAACCGUGACCGGCAAUGGGUCAAUGUCCAACCUCUCUGAGACAGACUCAGCCAGGAAGACCAGAAGAGAACUGAGACUGGGAGACCGCGUGCUGGUGGGGGGUACUAAGGCAGGGGUGGUGAGGUUCAUGGGGGAGACAGAGUUUGCCAAGGCGGAGUGGUGUGGAGUGGAGCUGGACGAACCUCUUGGGAAGAAUGAUGGAGCCGUGGCUGGAACCAGGUAUUUCCAGUGCCUGCCGCGAUACGGUCUGUUUGCUCCAGUCCAUAAGGUGACUCGUAUCGGCUUCCCCAGCACCCAGGCUAAAGCCAAGGCUUCCUCUCGGAGACGAUCCACCAUGAAGAGGAGUCCCAGUUCCUCAUCCAUUAGCUCCCUGAGCUCUGUCACCUCCUCUGUUAGUGGGAAACCCAGCCGCGCUGGCCUGUUGACAGAGACCUCGUCACGGUAUGCUCGUAAGAUCUCUGGCACCACAGCGCUACAGGAAGCGCUGAAGGAGAAGCAGCAGCACAUCGAGCAGCUAUUGGCCGAGAGGGACAUGGAACGCGGGGAGGUUGCCAAAGCAACCAGCCAUGCUGGAGAGGUGCAGCAGGAACUGUCUCUGCUCAGGAAGGUUCAGGAGCAGUAUGCUAUGGAGAUGGAAGAUAAGCUGGACCAGCUGCGUAAACUGGUGGAGACAGCAGACAGAGACAAGGUGGAGCUGCUCAGCCAACUGGAGGAGGAGAAGAGGAAAGUGGAAGACCUGCAGUUCACUGUGGAAGAGGCUUGUAUCACUAAAGGUGACCUAGAGACGCAGACCAAACUGGAGCAUGCCCAUAUUAAGGAGCUUGAGCAGAGCCUUCUGUUUGAAAAGACCAAAGCUGACAACCUGCAGAGGGAUUUAGAGGACACUAGGGUGGCCACAGUGUCUGAGCGGUCCAGGAUCAUGGAGCUGGAGAGCGAGGUAGCGGAGCUGCAGAUGAGACUACGCUCCUCCCAGCAGACAGGGGGCGCUGUGUCGCUGUCACCAGAGGCGCUCAGCAACCUCAAGGCCCGGGCCCAGUCCCAGGAGAAGAAGAUAAGUGGACUGAAUGUGAAUCUGGACAGCAGGCAGAAACAGCUAUGCUCUGUAGAAGAGGACAAGAGCUCCCUGGAACAGCAGCUAACCAGCCUGAGACAGAAACUGGACGUAGCAGAGGAAAAGAACAAGAGGACGGCACGAACCAUGCAAGAGCUGGAGAAGAGAGGAGAGCAGACGGAAAAAGAGAGGGAGGCACAGAGAGAAGAGAACCAAGGCAAAGAGAAAGAGCUUCAGGAUAGACUGACGCAGCUCGAGGCACUGAAACAGCACAAUUCCAAAUUCCAGGAAGAAAUCAGUCUCUCGCAGGUGCGAGGCAGCUCAGAAAGCCAGCACAUCGGAACUCUGUGCAAGGAAAUUGAGGUACUGAAGCUGGCCAGUCUGAAGUCUCAGAACCAGCCAGACAUGAAAGACAGGGAAACUCUGUCCAUCCAUGAGACAGAUGAGGACAAGGAGCUGGAGACUCUGAGGGAUGAGAUCGCGGUGCUGCGAGGUGAGAACGCCAUGGCCAAGACGCUGCAGUCUGCCGUGGAGACGCUGGAGAGAGACAAGGCCCAGCUACAGGAACGCAUCACCAGCCUGGUGCAGAGGCUAUUGGGACGGCAGGCUUCCGAGGGAGGGGACAGUGGAGUGCCUUCCUCAGGUGACACAGCUCUGGACCAGUUGAGAGAAGAGAAGGAGUUUGCAGAGGGACAGAUUAACUUCCUGAACAGUGUGAUCGUGGACCUGCAGAGGAAGAAUGAGGAGUUGAAGGUCAAGCUGAAGAAGAUGGCUCUGGCGGAGUUCAAUGGCACUGAUGGUUUGGAGGAGGGUGGAUCUAAGAAUGACAAGAAGGCUCCUCCUCGUCUGUUCUGUGAUAUCUGUGACUGUUUUGACCUGCAUGACACUGAGGACUGUCCAACCCAGGUCCAGAGCCCCGACUCAGUCCCCCACUCUUCCUUCAAGGGCAAACCUGCCGACCAGCGGCCGUAUUGCGACAUCUGUGAGUCCUUCGGUCACUCCACAGAGUCCUGCCAGGAAGACCAGACCUUCUAGACUCUCAUCCCAACCAUGCCAGGCCUAGCUUUAAGACCCUUCACAGACCGCCAAACACACACCAGACUCCUUUCUCUGGGUUUUUAAUAACAUAGUAUUUAUAUAUGUCCCUCACUGUCAUAGUCCACUCGGAUAACCCCAAAUCACCCGCUACAAAAGACUCUCCUACCAUUUCUAAUACUUCCUCUCUCUAACUCUCCUCUCCUCCCUCUAACUCUCAUCUCUCUCUAACUCUCAUCUAUCUCUAACUCUCCUCCUUCUCUCCAACUCUCCUAGCUCUCUCUCUCUCUCUCCCUCUAACUCUCCUCCCUUUCUCUAACUCUCCCUCUCUAACUCUCCUCCCUUUCUCUAACUCUCCUCCCUCUCAUGCCAACUCUCCUAGCUCUCUCUAACUCUCCUCCCUUUCUCUAACUCUCCCUCUCUCUAACUCUCCUCCCUUUCUCUAACUCUCCUCUCUCUCAUGCCAACUCUCCUAGCUCUCUCUAACUCUCCUCCCUCUCUCUCUAACUCUCCUCCCUCUCUAACUCUCCUCCCUCUCUCCAACUCUCCUAGCUCUCUCUCUAACUCUCCCUCUCCUCCCUUGUUCUAACUCUCCUCUCUUUCUCUCUAAUGCUCCUCCCUCUCUAAAUAUCCUUCCCUCCCUCUAACUCUCUUCCCUCUCUAACUCUCCUCCCUCUCUCUAAAUCUCCUCCCUCUAACUCUCCUUCCUUGCUCUAACUCUCCUCUUAUCGCUCUCCUCUCUCUAACUCCCUUUCCUACAUCCAGAGAUAUACUGUUGUGGUGCAAGAUACAUUUUAGGAUUGGAACAAAAGGAAUCAGUCUUCUGUGAUUAGUUCAUAAAGGAAUCAGUCUUCUGUUAUUAGUUCGUAAAGGAAUCAGUCUUCUGUUAUUAGUCAUAAAGGAAUCAGCCUUCUGUAAUUUGUUCCUAAAGUAAUCGGUCUUCUGUUUUUAGUUCAUAAAGGAAUCAGUGUUCUGUAAUUUGUUCCUAAAGUAAUCGGUCUUCUGUUUUUAGUUCAUAAAGGAAUCAGUGUUCUGUUAUUAGUCAUAAAGGAAUCAGCCUUCUGUAAUUUGUUCCUAAAGUAAUCGGUCUUCUGUUAUUAGUUCAUAACGGAAUCAGUCUUCUGUUAUUAGUUCAUAACGGAAUCAGUCUUCUGUUAUUAGUUCAUAAAGGAAUCAGUCUUCUGUUAUUAGGUCAUAAAGGAAUCAGUCUUCUGUUAUUAGUUCAUAAAGGAAUCAGUAUUCUGUUAUUAGUUCAUAAAGGAAUCAGUCUUCUGUUUUUAGUUCAUAAAGGAAUCAGUCUUCUGUUAUUAGUUCAUAAAGGAAUCAGUCUUCUGUUAUUAGUUCAUAAAGGAAUCAGUAUUCUGUUAUUAGUUCAUAAAGGAAUCAGUCUUCUGUUAUUAGUUCAUAAAGGAAUCAGUCUUCUGUUAUUAGUUCAUAAAGGAAUCAGUCUUCUGUUAUUAGUUCAUAAAGGAAUCAGUCUUCUGUUAUUUGUUCAUAAAGGAAUAAGUAUUCUGUUAUUAGUUCAUAAAGGAAUCAGUAUUCUGUUAUUAGUUCAUAAAGGAAUCAGUAUUCUUGAAAGAUUAUUGGAAUCUAUGUGGGUAGCUGGACAGGUAGGAUGACUGACAGUGAAGGUGAACAGGUGGUCACGUGUCAGGUGACAGAAGAAUGGAUGAGACUGAGGCAGGAAUUCUUUUAACCAUAAAGUGGUAUAUUUACUGAGUAGUGUGGAUUCAUGGACGCACAGAACUUCUGGAGCAGACGGAGUUAAGGAAGAGAAAGCAGCGAGAUCAGGCGAUGCCGUUUUCCUCCUUUUAUGUGGAUGAGAUCUGUCGGUCAUUGCCACCUGACCUAAUUAAAGCGCUCUGGCCCAGCUGAGUAAGUGGCCAUGAAUUAAAGGAUUAUUCCACCAACUCCAUGGGCCUUUUCUACAGCCACCCUGGAAAUUUGUUAAAUUCCACACUCCUCAGAAAGGCUCAUUGCUCCCCGUCCUCCGUCAUCUCAGGGAGAGGAAUUAGUCGAGCAACUGGCCUAAUAUAUGUUCGGUUCUUUACCUGGAUCUCUACUGAUCUAACGCGACCAUCGAUCCCAGGCAUGGUCUUAGUGAUACGUCCCACCGGCCAGGAGGCUCGAGGCAGCUGAGGGUCCACCACCAUUCCUACUUGGCCAGUUUCCAGGCUGGCCAUUUCCCUCCGCCAUUUCCCUCUGUGCUGUAGGCUUGGUAGGUAAUCCCGAAUGAAUCGGGCCCAGAAAUGGUCAGCCAAGAUCUGGCUGUGUCGCCACCGGCGUCUGCCAACGAGGUUGGUAUCAGCAUACAUGGCUUGAGGAAGUGACGCAUCCCGGCGUCCCAUCAAGAGCAUAUUUGGUGUAACCGGAUCGGGGUCAGCGAUAUCUGCAGAGAGAUAUCCCAAGGGUUUGGAGUUCAAUAUCCCUUCCACCUCUAUCAGGACGGUCCGCAAGACAGUUUCAGUGACAGUUUGGUCCCCCAGGACGACACGUAAGGCCGUCUUUACAGAUUUGAUCUCUCGCUCCCAUGUUCCUCCAAAAUGAGGAGCUCCUGGAGGGUUAAAUUUGAAUAAGAUUUGUUGGUCCAUCAGCUGAUCCUGAAGGCUGGGUUCCAUGGCUUGGAAGGCUUCCUCCAACCUGGCUUCUCCUGCCUUGAAGUUUGUGCCUCUGUCAGCCAGGAUCUCGUAGGGUUUCCCCCGUCGGGAGAUAAACCGCCGUAGGGCCAUGAGGAAGGCUUCAGUAUCCAAACUCUCCAGUAGGUCCAGGUGGACACACCUAGUCGUCAAACACUUGAAUAGAAUGCCCCAGCGCUUUUCCACUCGACGACCUAGCUUGAUCGUCAAGGGGCCAAAGCAAUCUACUCCGGUUGACCAGAAGGGUGGUUUGAGAAGGCGCAAGCGAGCAGGGGGUAAAUCUGCCAUUUUGGGUACAGUGGCUCCAGCCCGCCAUCUCUGACAUUCUACGCAGGCGUAUUGGUGCUUACGAAUGGCUCCUCGUCCUCCAAGUAUCCAGUACUUCCGCCUCAUCUCCCCAUAGACCCUCUCUGGCCCUGGGUGGAGAAGCUUUUCAUCAUAACUCUUGAUGAGGAGCCUGGUAAGAGGGUGUCUGGAGUCAAGGAUAAUUGGGUGGAUAGCGUCGGGGUCCAAAACUUCUGCUCGGCGCAGCCUCCCUCCGACUCUGAUCACUCCAAGGAUUUGAUCAUAUUCUGGGGCGAGAGAGAGAAGACGGCUCUCCUUAGCAACUUCCCUACCAGCUUUCAGAGCUUUUAGCUCCUCAGGGAAGCUAACUGCUUGUGCAUGCUGGAGGAGUAAUGUCUCUGCCGCGAGGGAGGUGGGUAUAGAAGCCACCCCAUCUGAGGUCUGGUUUAUGGCGGCGAUCAGAUCCGGCAGUGUUUGGGAUUGUGCUAGGUCAGGGAGAGCUGUUGUUGGUUCCGUAGAGAUGCUGUAACAUUGGGCGGACUUCCUUAACUCAUGAGUUUCAAUUGGUUGCGGAGGAGCCGCACGCCUGGGGGCUUUUGGCCACUCGUUCUCUGGUUGGGACAAGAAUGGUGGUCCCAAGCUCCAGCGAUGGGGUUGAGCCAGUUCCUUAAGGGUUUUACCGCGAGUAACGUCAUCAGCAGGAUUGUUUAUGCUAUCAACAUACCUCCAGUCUUGGACUUCUGUCAGGUCUUGGAUUUCCGCAACGCGAGUUCCGACAAACACCUUAUACCUGCAGGACUCCGAUGUGAGCCAGGUCAAUACAGUGGUCGAAUCACUCCAGUAGAUGACCCUCUGGAUUGGCAAGGUGAGCUCGGCUCCCAAGGUAGAGGCCAACUGGGCUCCGGAAAGGGCAGCACUGAGUUCCAGCCUAGGCAUUGACAACUGCUUCUUGGGUGCGACCCUGGACCUGGCCAUGACAAAGGAGACAUGGGUGUGUCCUUCCUUAUCUUCCACUCUUAGAUAGGAAACCGCCCCAUAAGCUCGCUCCGAAGCGUCACAGAACACAUGCAAUUCCAGGCAUGAUCCCACUUGGUCAGCACAGGGUGGUACAUAACAUCUUGGCAUUUGGACUCCAGAGAGCUCCGAUAACUCUGUUUCCCAACAGAACCAUCGUUCCACUAGGUCAGCCGGAUGGAUCGGUUCAUCCCAGUCCCUCUUGGUCUGCCACAGGUCCUGGACUAAGACUUUGGCCCGGGUUGUGUAUGGCAGGAUAUACCCAAGGGGAUCGUAUUGACUGGCCAGUGUCCGAUAGAUGGUGCGCAGAGUGGGGGUUUCGGUACUCAGGGCUGAGCGGUGCUUGUACCCAAGGGUAUCCGGUAUGCAGCUCCAUCUCAGUCCUAGAGUGGGCUCUUGUGGGUUAGCACCAGACUGCGAUAGCCAGAGUUCACUGCUACUUGACCUAGCUUGUGGUGGGAGGUGCUGGAUAACCUCCGCUCUGUUACUCGCCCACUGUCGGACCUCGAAUCCCCCUUUGGACAGGAGAUUCCGUACUUUAUCGAGGAGUGCUUUCGCUUCAGCCGUGGAUGGGAUGCUCUGUAAGCAGUUAUCCACAUAGAAGGCAUUUUCCACUGAAUCCCAUACUUCUGGGUCACUGUCUGGGUGCUCCCGUGCGUGUCUCUGCAGAGCGUAUAUGGCACAGCAAGGACUGCAGGUGGUGCCAAAUGGGAGUACUUGCCAUUCAUAGAUGGUGGGCUCUGCGUCUCGUUCCAUAUCUCGCCAUAUGAACCGGAGCAGUGUGGUGUCGGAAGGCAGGAGACGAAUCUGAUGAAACAUGGCUUUGAUGUCUCCACUGAUGGCUGUAGAGUGCUGCCGGAACCGGAGAAGGACACCGAGCAAGGAAGGACCUAAGGUUGGUCCCGGGAGUAGACAGUCAUUCAGGCUUUGACCAGCAGCUUGGAAUGAACAGUUGAAGACAAGUCUGUACUUCCCACCGUGUUGCUGGAUAACAUGGUGAGGGAGAUACCAGGAUUCGCUGAGUGGGUUUCCCUCUUCAUGAGCGGUCACUUUUGUGACAUAGCCUGCCUUCACAAGGGUCUGAAUCUCCCGGUUAUGAACUUCAGCAAGCUCAGGAUUCUUCAACAGGCGUCUCUCCGUUCCACGCAGUAGUGGGAGUACAGCCCGGGUUGUGGUUGCCAGAAGAGGAUGGUUGGGCACCCGUAGCAGUGGGGUUGCGUACCUCUGAACGCCAUCCAGUUCAGUGGUAGUGGUGCGCUUCUCCAGGAGGUCUAAUGCAUAGGAGUCAUGUUUCGAGCGGGUGACCUCCUGUAGCUUCCGGUUGGAGAAGGUGUCCAUCUUCCAGAGCAUCUCUACAUUCCGAAGGAGGUCAGUGGCCGCACAGGGGAAUGGAGCUGGAUUGCUUCUGGUGAAGAGGACUUGCUGUGACUGUACAGCUUGGGUGGAGAGAAGUAGAUGGACUGGACCUUGCACAGCCCAACCCAAGGCUGUAUGGACAGCAAUGGGACCUCCUUCUGGUCCAGCUCGUAUAGGCUCAGUCGGGGUGACGAGAUGUGGGUGGUCUGACCCAAUCAGGAUAAGUGGCGCUACUCUGGCCAAGUUAGGAAGAGGUAAUCCUCGUAGAUGAGGAUAUUGUUUCUGGAGAACACUUACCGGGCAGGAGUGCUCCGCAAGAUUCAAGCCAUCUGCCGUGAAGGCAUUGGUGAUAUUAUAGGCCACGUCCCGGUUUCCUGAAGGUGAAAUGCUAAAGGUCACAGCAGAGCCUUUCAUUUGGAUAACAUCAUGUCGCACCGUUCUGAGGUUAAGGGUCUCGGGAGUCCCCUCCAGGUUUAGCUGACGGGUGGCCGCCGUGAGAAUGAUCGUUCUUUCUGACCCAUCAUCUAGAACGGCGAAUGUAUCAAUGCUUCUCCCUUCACUUUGCAGAGUGACCUUGACCACUUUCAACAUGACCCUUGGAGACCGGUUCUGCUGGUCGAGGUACAGCUCCUUUGCAGCUCCUACCAUGAGCAUACUCUGCUCCUUCUGUGCUUGGGGAAUUACAUCAUGCAACACUGUGAGAUGGAUUUCCUUACAGCGAUUGCAGGGUUUCCUCAAUGUGCAGGUCUCCGCCUUAUGGCUACGGGCACACUUGUAGCAUCGCUCGCCUGAAGUGAUCCAGGCCUUCAAUUGAGUUUGGGUGAGCUUUUUUACCCUGGGGCAUGAGCCAAGGAAGUGUCCCUUACUAUUGCAAUAUGGGCAGUAAGGCUGGAAUUUGAUGUUCUUGCUCCUGAGAGGGGUCUUCCCGGGUUCCUCCCCAGCUUCACUAUUUAAGUACAUGGUAGUGGGAUUUGGUCUUUUCUGUCCCCCCUGGCGUUCAAACUCCUUCCUUCCCCCGGUGGCUAUGGCUGAGAUUGUGGCCUGGUGAGCGAUACUCUUCGCCUUGGCCUUCACCUCCAACCAUGCGGCCAGGUCUCUGAGUGCAUAGGUGCUUCUCGAGCCCUCUUUCAGGAUGCCCCUGUUCAAACAAUGUUCAAUGAAACUGUCUCUGAGGUACACUGGAAGCUUGCUAAGAAGCCUGUCCACGUGGGAGCCACAUUUCAGCUCGUUCCCAUCUUCUCCUUCAACGGAUUGGAGCAUUGAGGUCAGGGAUUGGACAGCCAGGGAGAACUCUUGGAAGGCAGCAUGGUCUCCCAUUUUAAUUGGAGACGUGUUCAGGAUGUUGCUUAGUUCAUUCUGGACCAACUGGCGUGGCUCACCAUAUCUCGCCUUCAGGGCCUGGAGAGCUGCAGUGUAUGGUGUUGCGGAGUGCAUAAAAGAUUGGGCCAGCCUGUAUGCACUAGGAAACCGCAAAUGAUCCAUUAGUACUUGGUAUUUGUAGCGUUCUGAGAGAUGACUGUGAAUACCCAGUAGGCUCUCCAAUGCCAUUUCCAAAAGGACAAAUUCACUCUCCUUUCCGCUCUCAAAGUAUGGCAGUUUGGGUCUGGGAAUUCCAUAGGCUGAGGCUACUAGAAGUUUCAUAAUAUUGGCUCCCUCUUCUGGUUGCGUGAAAGAUGAACCCGGGACUUCUGAUGAGCCCACUGUGACCUCAUUGGGCCGGUCCCCUACUGUCCCAGACCCUCCAUUGGUGGCAGACGGAAUUGGGUGAGAGCCCUUCCACCUGAUGUUUGAGGACUGGCCUGGCCCUGGACGAGAGGAACGAUUUGCCGUGGUUGGUAAUUGGCGGAAAGGCGAAGGAGUGAUGCUUUGUCCACAUGGAGGAAUGCUAACUUCUGUCACUGGCCUAGAGGGCGUUGGUGGAGCGGCCUGUCCCCCGUGCUCCAUGUUGGCUGUUGACCCCGGAGCCUGUGUGCCAUGCUGUACCAGAGGGGCAGAUUGGGAAAGAAAGGCAGACAGGUCAGGUCCAUGUGGAGGGGUGGUCAGGUCAACUCCCUGUUCGUUCCUCUCCAGGAAGGAUGAGACCAUCCGUGCCUCCUCCAAUUCCCUUCUGGCUUGACGGUGCCGUCGCUGUUGUGCCAGGUCCUUGGCAAUGAAUUCCCGUUCCUGUAGAGCACUACGGGCCUGCACAUCCAAUAGAUGACAUCGUUCAUCAGCCUGUCGUUCCUCCUCAAUCUGACGCUCAAUUUCCUCCAAAGCUAAUAGUUUCAUCCUCUCUUGUAGGACAGCGGUCUGUGAAUCGCUGAGGGCUAGUGAAUGGCGGCUGCCAUGGCCACUUCCAAAGGGGUAUCCACUGGUCGAACUCCCACUCCGUCUAGAGUGCCUCGACGAUUUCCCUUUAGUUAAGGAGUGAGCGGAGCCUGCCUCAGGAAGCUGGUUGACCUGUGCUGUGGGAGUCACCUCCAUGGGUUCUUCCUGUAGACCACUUUCCUGCUCCAACGCAGUUUCCGGUGCUUGACUCAGAGGAGAUGGUUGAUGGCUGAAACGUACAGUUGAUCCAUCAUCACCUUGAGCUCUAGUGGGCUUGCCCUUUGAUGUCGAAAUCUCGACCACAUAAUCCUUAAGAUAACCAGGUGCUUGCCUGGUUCUUCUAGUGCUGCUGGUGGUUGAGGAUGAAGCCUUUGUUGCUUUAGGCUUAGCUCCUGGAUAUUUCCUUUGUUCCAAGACCUUUCCCUCAGCUGCCCUCUCCUCCUCUCUUCCCUCCAGUGGAGACAAUUCUUCCCUCUCCUCCUCCAUUUCACCUGUCUUUGGUUCAGUCAUCGUCCGGCUCGAAGGACCAUUGAAAGAUUAGUGGAAUCUAUGUGGGUAGCUGGACAGGUAGGAUGACUGACAGUGAAGGUGAACAGGUGGUCACGUGUCAGGUGACAGAAGAAUGGAUGAGACUGAGGCAGGAAUUCUUUUAACCAUAAAGUGGUAUAUUUACUGAGUAGUGUGGAUUCAUGGACGCACAGAACUUCUGGAGCAGACGGAGUUAAGGAAGAGAAAGCAGCGAGAUCAGGCGAUGCCGUUUUCCUCCUUUUAUGUGGAUGAGAUCUGUCGGUCAUUGCCACCUGACCUAAUUAAAGCGCUCUGGCCCAGCUGAGUAAGUGGCCAUGAAUUAAAGGAUUAUUCCACCAACUCCAUGGGCCUUUUCUACAAUUCUGUUAUUAGUUCAUAAAGGAAUCAGUAUUCUGUUAUUAGUUCAUAAAGGAAUCAGUCUUCUGUUAUUAGUUCAUAAAGGAAUCAGUCUUCUGUUAUUAGUCAUAAAGGAAUCAGUCUUCUGUUAUUAGUUCAUAAAGGAAUCCGUCUUCUGUUAUUAGUUCAUAAAGGAAUCAGUCUUCUGUUAUUAGUUCAUAAAGGAAUCAGUCUUCUGUUAUUAGUCCAUAGAGAAAUCAGUCUUCUGUUAUUAGUUCAUUAUUUUAUGUAUUUGUUUGUUUGUUUUCAUAUAGAGCAUGGGUUGUUUGGUUUUUUUUUCUACGGGAACUAAACUUCCUAUGUGUAACCGGGCAAGAGGGAUGGCAUUUGACACAGACAUACGCGUGGUGAAGGGCCUGGAUGCACCAGACUGGUUCACUGCUAAUAGCACUAUUAAUGUUUCUCUAACACAUUCCUGUCUUUCUCAUGUCACAUUCCCAGUCAGUGUACUGUAUCCAGGCCCAGACAUGGACCCUAGGGAUGUCCACUCCACAUAGGGAACAAGCUAGUACCACAGGACACAUCUACUUGUACUACUAGGUUGUGUUCAGUAGGCACCAAAUGGUAGAGAACGUUUUAGAACUGGAGAUAUUUCAGGAAAUUCUCAACAAAAAAAAGGCUCAUUUUCAGUUUCAAAACGUUUUCUGUUUUCAUGUCCACUCAACAUUAACCUGGUGCUAGUUGCACAAGUUUGCGUUUACCAUCAUGAAUCUUGUUCUGAAGGCAGCUCUGCAGAGUGGCCACUAGGCACAGCCACAAAGUCAUAAAAUCUGAUUUUAACCCUAACGUUAACCACACUGCUAACCCUAAUGCCUAAUCCUAACCUUAAAUUAAGACCAAAAAGCACAUUUUUGUUUUCAUAAAUGUUCACAAUAUAGCUCAUUUUGACUUUGUAGUUGGCCUAUCUAAGGGGAAAUCACCCCAGGACAAGACUCAUAACAAUUAACGUCAACAUGCGCUAGUUGCAGACCCAAACCAAGGCAACAGGACGCCAGCCACUACUAACUUACUGCACUACUCACUUUAAAACGCCCUCUUAGACUACAGGACACACUUAGACUAUUUUUGUUUUAUCAUGGCAGUUUCUAACUUAUUGAUUUGAUAAUAAAUGUCAAGACAGAAUGGUACCUAGUAGUUAUUGUCACGUUUUAUGUAAUGCCUAUGUUUUUAUGUAUUGUCUUAUAAAAACUACCUGUAUAGAUAUACAGGUAUUAGAGCUAUGUACUGAAGCACACAGUUUGGAUCAUAUUGAAUCUCCCAGUGUAUCAAAGAUAUGUAUGCUAGAUCUAUGUGACUAACCAAUGACACCUGUCUUUGUCAAUACCCAUCAGACGUUUUCUGAAAGAACAAAAUGUGCACACGGUGCCAUGGAAACAAAAGGAUAUUUUAUGCCUAUUUUAUUCUUCUGCUUUGUCUUGAUAGGAAACGGACCUGUAUGUUGUUGUAUGAUAAUGCCGUAUCGACUCCAGGGAACAAACUUAACACACUUGUAAAGAUGUUAUUAACUCUAUAAGCACAUUGUUGACUUUCUACUUUACUAAGUGACGUGUCUGAUUAGUGCACUGUUUUCUAUGUUACACUUAACAUCAUCUAUAAAGGCUUUAUAAAGGGUUUGUAAAAUGUUAUAAACCCUUUACAGAUGAGGACGCUUAAAAUGGUACUGUUUUUCUAUGUUCUGUACACACCUAAUGAUUCAAUACAACAAAUACUAUAAAAACAAA